AUGGAACAAGGAUUUACAGAGGCUUCCAGCGCAAAUUUACCAAGAAUCGACUUGAUGAUGCUAGGAACGUUUCUGGCAUCAAACAAAGACUUCUGUUUAGCAGAAUUUAGAAAUGUUAAAACUUCCAUGUCUGCUAGGGCAUCUUAUGGUGAUGAUGCUGUAAGCUAUGUUCAGGUCAAACGUGAAGGAAAUUUGUGCACAAUAAAAGCUAAAAUCUGCCCAGAACAUUAA